CAAAGCUAACCAGCACUAGUUUAUACUUACACUUGCUUUUUUUUCUUAAAAAAAAAAAAGGCGCACGUGUUCCUUUGACCUCGACGACUCCAAAAGAAGGUUCCAAAAAACAGAAGUUUUUGCUUGCUCGCUCGCUCGCUUCAUGCCCUAAUCUCUUUUUGCUCUACUCUCUUAUUCAGUUCAAAAAAAUUGUGAAUUCAGUUUCAUAGUUCGUUAUUUCAGAUUUGGGAUGAUACUGAGGAACUUGGAAACUGAAAUGCCAGGUGGUCGGAAUUUUCCCAGAAUAGGUACUUUAGAGCUGAAAUCUCAGAUUGUAAGGAAGAUUGGGCGUAUAAAAACGGAGGAGUACUUCAAUCUGCUUACUAGAUUUUUGAGUCUUAGGAUUGGGAAACCCGAGUUUGAUAAGCUCUGCAUUGAUACAAUAGGGAGAGAAAAUGUUCGUCUUCAUAAUAAUCUCCUGAUAUCAAUUGUUAGAAAUGCUUCGCUUUCAAAGACUCCUCCAUCGGUGGAGAACAAGUUUGAAGCUUCUUUAAGUGUUAAAGCGUCAAAUGGGUACCAAAGAAGCAAUCUUCAGUCACUGUGCAAAGACUUUCCUCAAUCCCCUCGUAAGAGUCGGACUCCGAAUCUUCGUGAUCGUAAGUUGAGGGACCGCCCAAGUCCUUCAGGGCCUGAUGGGAAGAGCCAUAACAAUACUACCUGUGAGGAUGCAAUUCGUAAAGUUCAAGAACAGCAGAGUGCUACUGAGUUGCUUUCUUUGGGUAGCAGACCGCCUGGCUCUGUCGAGGAUGGAGAAGAGGUUGAUCAAGCUACGGGAAGUCCGGGCGCUUACAGUAGAAGUCCUGUUAGAGCUCCACUUGGCAUCACUUUGAACACUAAAGGAAUGCGAAAUUUACCAUGGAACCGAGCAGCAUCUGCUUCCGAAACUUGUUAUUGCCGGGGCGAACUACCUGACAGCGGUUCUUUGAGGAAGAGGUUGGAACAGAAGUUGGAGAUGGAGGGACUAAAUAUCUCUAUGGAUUGUGCCAAUUUUUUGAACAAUAGCCUUGAUGUUUACAUGAAGAGAUUGAUCAAACCCUGUUUGGAACUGGCUCGCUCGAGAUCAGGAAAGAAACUUAUUGACCAAGGCCACAGUUGGUCCAUGGCCUGUUUGAAUGGGAUGCAGCCCAUGAGAUAUGCACCAAAACAAAAUGGACCCAUUUCUGCAUCAAUCUUAGACUUUCGAGUUGCGAUGGAGUUGAAUCCCUUGCUUGUAGGAGUGGACUGGCCAACACAACUGGAGAAGGCGUGCCUGCUUGCUUCAGAAGAGUGAGCUGGAAAUAAUCGGCUUCAUGAUUUGCGUUCAACCAGAUUCUAGCCAUAGCAAUUUUGAGUUAUUUCAGUUUUGAAUUCCACUCUAACAUUGAUCUCGAGCAUACCAUUUUUAUAGAAUAGAUGAAGUAAAUAAGUACAAACACAGUAGUUUUGGAUGAUGCUGAUUACUUUGUAAAUAUUUGACGGUUCUGAUUUAUCCCGGAGGUGCAAUGUCUCAGCUAGGUGAAAUCCAUUUAUAUCGACACUUCAUAAGGAUCCAUAUAGGCUAGCAACUAUCUCCACCUGUUAUCCAUUGUUUUAGUGAACACUGAUUUUCAUAAUUGUAAAGCAUAUAAUUUGCAAUUGCUGUA